CCUAAAGAAGUUGACUCAGUUUGAGACAAAUCCUCUCCCACCUCAAAAAUAAAAUAAAAAAACCGAACCUUUUUUACGAUGAACAACGUCGAAUCCGCACAAAAACCAACGGAUGACGACAAAGUCUGCGGGGAGUGCAAGUCGAAUCCAUGGAAGUACAAAUGCCCAGGAUGUUCAAUUCGAUCGUGCGGCCUUCCCUGUGUCAAAGCUCACAAGAAGCGAACAGGUUGUACCGGAAAAAGGAAACUCACCGACUUCGUUCCCCUCUCCAAGUUCGACGACAAUCUCCUCCUCUCUGACUACAAUAUGCUGGAGGAGACGAAGAGAGUGGCGGAGUCUGCUCUGAGAAGGAGACAACAGUUAUGUAAAAACAACCCUAACUUUAGGUUUCUUUAUGCUAAGAACCCUUACUUUAAGUUACCCUUUGAUCUUCGGAGCCUUAAGUCUGCUGCUGACCGCGGAACUAAGCUGUGGCUUCUCCCUAGUGGGAUGUUGAAGAGGGAUAAGAACCAGACUCGUUACGAUAACCGGAGAAAGUGCAUUCAUUGGACAGUUGAGUGGCGGUUUCACUCUACAGAUGUGGUUCUUGUUGAUCAUGGUGUUGGUGAAGAUACAAGCCUCUGCUCUGUGAUAGAGAAUCAUCUUAAGCCAGGCCCUUGGAUUCACAAGCUCAAGCCUUUUUGUGACGUGGAUCUUGAUUCCCUCAAGCUUUUUAUUCGCAAGUACCCCAAGGGUGUAAAGGUUCCUUACAAGGAGCUGGACAUCAAGGCUUCUUUGAGGCAACAGCUUGCUCAAGUAACUAUCUUAGAGUACCCGGUGAUCCAUGUUUAUCUUCCUUCGCACACCUAUGACUUUGAAGUUAUCAGAGACUUUGACCGUGAGAAAACGACACCGGAGCCUAAGUACUAUAGCCAGGCAGAAGGUGCAACCACACGAGAAGAGGAAAUAGAAGAAGAAGGAGACGACAUUGACUCCUUUGAGCCAGAGGUUCUUGAUCUUAUCAAACAAAUAAACUAUAACCGCUCAGAGGGCAGCAAGGGUGAGGGUGGGGUUAGCAAAAAUGCACAUCCUGAUGAUGACAUGGAGCUGGAGUUUGAGCAAGGGUUAAUAGACACAUACUCUGAUCUCUUCCCGGAGUUGAACCCUGGUGAUUACUUCAACUUUGAAUGUGAGUUUGCAAAGGGGUUUGAUUCUGAUGAUAACUGCAAUCUCCAAAGUCUAGCUACUUCUACUGAUUUGAACACUGAUGGACUAGAGGAAGGGGAGAUCGUUGAAUGAGGGUCAUCUUUCUCUUUCCACUGCAACAUUCUUGGUCAUGCCUGAAGUGAACCUCCCUUGUUGAAGCACGUUGGCUAUAGUGUUUGUAUCAUCCAAAGCUUUUACAGAACUAGAUAGCCAAUCGAUUUGAUUGCAGAACUAGUGGUCAUAGUUGUUUAUGUAGCCUAGGUGUUUAAUUAUUUAUCACAUUCAAUAUUAUUUAGUUGAUGUAAGAGAACGCCUCCCAAACUUUUUUUGUUUAUUUUCUUGUCCUCUUUCUAUCUACAGACAAGUCUUGUAGUGUUGAGGACCG